GUAAGGUGGAGAGAUAUUUUAAUCCCCCCUCUGAUUUACAGCCACACACACACGCUACGAGAAAACAAGACAGCAGUGCACCUUCGACGACUAUGGACCUGAGCUUGCGAGAUGCACUGGGUGGGGGUGGAGGUGGGGUCCCAGGCGGAGCCCCUGCCGAAGCACUAAUCAAGAGAGACUUUAUGAGUGCGCUGGAAAAAGAGAGUUAUGACGACAAGGUCGGUGAGACAAUGACCAAAAGUGACUACCGACCUUUACUGGAUGGAAAGGACGGCAAGAGUGGACUUGGGAUGACUUCAUCAAUGAUGUUUCCAGGUGGACGCCAAGACCCUCCUGGACAACCUGCAUUCACUUCCGACUACCUGUCUGGUCCUAAGAUGGGAGGAAUGAGUGACCAGUGGAACCAGAACAAAACAAAGGAUGCCAGCAUGCCUGACGCAUUCCUAGGAUUUUCUCAGUCUGUAAUGAGUGGUAAUAUGGGUUCCAGCAUGCCACCGUUCCAAACAAACAUGAACUCCUCUCUAGGCCAGAUGGGAAUGGGAAAAUCUACGGACACGCAGAAAACUUCUGGCCUCUUUGGUUCAGAGCCCCAAAACAUCAGUAACACCAGUGGCAACAAUCCCUUCAAACCAAAUGAUCCGUUUUCUUCUGGUGGUCCAGGAAUCCAGUCUUUGGAUCGCAGUCCAGCUCCCACCCUUUCUCCCAGCGGCUCAGUGGAUGACAGCAGCCCCACUUCCUCCACAUCUGAACCCCUCAGUCCCGAACGAUCGGGGUGUGAGGCUGGCAAGCAACAGCAAAGGCGGAAGAAGAAGAAGAGGAAGGGGCGUGACGAGGUUUACAGCUUCUUGGAUAGCCAGGAGAAGAACGGCCAUUCCGACAAACAUGGCUUGCAGGAUAAGGGUGGACAGGGUGUGGAGGAGGAUGAGGAGGAGGAAGACAACUGGGAGUGGGAAAUAAGAGAGAGUGGAGCAGGAGGUAGAGUGAAAGGCAAGAAAUUGAAAAGCCGUGCAAGACUUCCAGAGGAGUGGGGAGCACCUCAGCAGCCGAUGUCUCCCAUCCCAGCUGCAGUUGCUCCUACUUGGGCCACAGCAGCAGACUUUGGCCCUUUAGACUCCAAAGUUCCUAAAUCCAACCCCAGUCCAGGUUUCUCUCCAUCUAUGCAAAUACCAACAAGUUUGACCAAUCGCACAGCAGAUUCAUCUCCUAGUUCCUUUGAGCCCGUGUGUGUCGAUGACUACCCUGUGUCUACCCAAAAUGUGACCAGCAAACCUCAACUAAUUAGCUCACCGGGCAACGCUACCAAUAAAAGUAGUACACUAGGGAUGGUUAGUGGAGAUUUAGCAUUAAUGACGGGGGACAAUCUAAGCCCAGUCUCCCAGACGUUCUCUUUUCUCGAUUCAGUCCUCCAGACACCGCCAGGUUCUACCCCCGACUCACAGAACGCCACCCCUAUCACAAAUGCACCCGAACUUUCUUCAACUUCCUUGUCCACUUCAGCCGACAUUAUUGUCUCUUCUUCACAAGCCUCUAAGACCACUUCAGAUGUCCCUCCAACCUUUGCUGUGCCGUCAAAGUCCUGCCCCUCACCUGUCACAGACACCCAAUAUUCAAAAUCUGCCCGUGAAUCGGUCCUCAACGUUGAUGCAAAGCCUUUCAUCCCCUCAGCCUCACGCAUAACCCCCACAACUGCUCCCAGUCCAAACGCAUCUCCUGCUACUGUUAACGCAACAGUCUCCACCGGUGCAGUCAUGCAUCUUGGUUGUCCUCCUUCCACUAUCAGUGAAGCUGUAAAGCCAGCAUUAUCAGACACUCCCAACAAAGCUGAAGCCACCCCAUCUCUGUUCACCACACCUGCAGUUCCCGCAUCACCACUGCUCCCCCCACUGGAAGCUGCUCAGAGAUCUCUGACCUUCAUAAAGAUCAUUUACCAUGACCUCUAUGAGACUGUCUGGUGGCAGGAGCCUGGCAUUAUUGCUGGUAACAACGGGUGCAGAAAACCAUCCAGUGGGCAUCAACAGCAGCAACCAAAACCUGCGCUUACCCUCUCCGCUGCCAACAUCCCUGCAGUCUUGGCCUCUGCCGACCACAGCGGCUUGCAUGACCCAGGCCAGAUGGCACCUGGCGGGAAGGUUGCUACCACCCCACAAGGGGGAUUCAAUGUGACUUUAACUGAAGAGGAAUUGAGAUUAGGGUGUGGCAAAACAUCCUCUGGAAUUACACCAGAGACCCUGGGUCUAAAUAUUCCGGUGCUGAUUGUCGAGGAUAAAACAACAGGUGGGGGACCGAAGGCGGAAAAACAAAGAGGAGGCAUUUCGCUAGGGAGUGCAGGACAAACUCCCAGCAGCCCUCUUUCUCCCUAUUCCUCCCCUUCCUCUUCAUCAACUUCUCCAGCAGUUUCUCCUGGGAAAUUAUUCAAUGCCGCACUGGAAUCUAAACCUGGAUCAAAUGCUAACUUUGGAACAAACCUUUUACAUAACCUGAACUGUUCUCGCCCAAGUAAAGAUGGAGUUUACAUUGAGCAAUCCCAAGAAGUUCAACAAAGACCUAUUUCGACUGGUCGUCCAUGUUCGGGAGACAAGAAUAAUCAGCCAAAUACAGUUUGUUCUUCUUCAUUUGAGCAUAUUUUUGAAGAAAAUUCAACUGGAUGUCUGAUUGAAGACGCAGGACUCAAGUCACCUAUAGGGAGGCAAAAUCCUGAUGAGCAACCUGCUGCUCAAUCCAUAGUCAACGCAACAGGAAGUAACAUGACAUUAUCUUCAAGGCUCUCCGUAUUCCCUGCUUCAUCUAACCAAGCAAACAUGAUUGGAGAGGGAAGAGUGACGGUAAAAGGCAACUUGAACCAUGCUGAAACUCGUACAGGUGGAAAAGAAAGUCAGGAUGCAAAGACAAAUCCUAGUGAAGACAGCAAAGUAACAUUAGAUGUUACAGUCAACAAUGGGACAAAAAAUAAUCACGCCAACGAGCUGCCCCAGCGAAGUGUGGUCAGACGAGCAAUGUCAGACUGUUCUCACCUAUCUGUUCCUACGUUAAAUGCUGAAAUGUUCCACAGCGGUGCGGAAGGCUCAGCAGCAGUAACGUCUAACUUAACCAACUUUGCCGUAAUGGGAACAGGGUGUCCACUCAGGGUGCCCUACCCGCACAUGGUGGUCCGGCGUUCGCUCACAGUGACAGACGCCACGGAAGCCUCCGCUGCAAUGGCAUCAAUGAUGUCAACUCCGUUAAUGAUAUCACCUGUGUUGCCGUCAUCUCCACCACCUAGGAGACAUCAUGGGACCUGCGAGACCAAUGUUUUAAUUUCCGUGCCAACCUCGGCUGUGAAAGUUGACAAGGCCAAGCAGGAGAAAACAGACAUCGUGUCCAGCAAGAUGGAUGCCUUUGAGAAGAAGGAGAUAGCGGAGAAGCAGAACAAAGACAACUGCCCUGACAAGAAUCUGAAGCCUGAGAAAAUUCUCAAAGAUGACGAGAAGAUGGACAAGAUGAAUGCUGAGAAAAACAAGGCCAGUGAGAAGGCAGAGAAAACAGAUAAGCCAGAGAAGACCAACAAAGAAGAUAAGAAAGAAGAGGAAAAGAAGCUGACUGAAAAGAAGGAUGAGAAAGGAGGAAAAGUGGUGGCCAAGUCUCCAACGGGCAAUGGCAGUAAGGCCCUGCCAAGCCAGGACAACAAGAGCAAGACUGAGGUGGUUUCGACCAAAACAAAUGCAUCCAAAUCUCGUCCGUCCACCCUCCCAACCAAUGGCGAGGCCACCUCAGCCAAACGCCCCUCCCCAACCAUGACCCCAGCUAAUAAAAAAAGUCCUCUGCCCAAGGCGGCAACACCCACUGCUGCUAAGAGGCCUCCAAUAGCAACUGGACCUGCAAAAACACCAGAAAGUGGAGCAGCUGAGAAACGUGCAGCUGUGCAAAAAGCCACUCCCGCUCCGCGUUCUGUUGCCAACAAGAACAAUUCCUCUGCUUCUGCUGGGACCAAAACUGCUGCAAAUAAGAAUGACAAGACUGAGAACAAGUCAGCAGAAGCCAAGAAAACCAAACCUACAGCUCGUCCACGUCCAGCCUCCACCACCUCUCCAACGACUCCAGCAAACACAACCAACGGUGAAGCCGCUCCCACCCAACGGCGCCGGGUCAUCACCAAGCCUCCUGUCCCCAAGCAAACUGCUCUGGAAAAGAAGCCAACGGUGCCCCGUGCUCCUCGAACUCUCCGCCCCAUCAAUGCGCCCACACCAGACUUGAAGAACGUGCGUUCCAAGAUCGGGUCCACCGACAACAUUAAGUACCAGCCUGGUGGAGGAAAGGUUUCUUCCAUACAGAACAACAAGACAACAGACCCAUCCAAUCCUUCCAAGGCCAGAGUUCAGAUAGUGCACAAAAAGCUGGACUUCAGCCAUGUCACGUCUCGCUGUGGCUCCAAGGACAAUAUCAAACAUGUCCCUGGAGGUGGCAAUGUGCAAAUCCUGAACAAGAAGGUUGACGUGAGCAAGGUCACAUCCAAAUGUGGCUCCAAGGACAACAUCAAGCACAAGCCAGGUGGUGGCGAUGUCAAGAUUGAGUCUCAUAAACUGAACAUUAAGGCAAAAUCCAAGAUUGGCUCACUGGACAAUGUGGGACCAGGAAAUGGACAUACGAAUGGACACAAGGAGGAGAGAGCAGAGGAAAAAACACCCUCACCCCCAAACAGCACUCCAAGUGCAGGACCGGCAGGUGUUGCCAAGGCAACGACAGCACCGGGAAGUGUUGCAAAGGAAAAUGGGGUUAAGGAGCCCAUGCCUACUCCUUUUGGUGGAGACGGAUUGAGGGACCCCAUGAGUAUUGACAGGCGCAUUGCUGAGAAAAAUUGAAUCUCAGCUGCAGAGUUUUAGUGGGGCACGCACCGCGCUUGCCGGCUGACCAACCAACCUUCCAUGGUGACUUCCCUUUGGCCCCGCCCUCCAUCCCGCAUCACCAAACUGAACAUCCACCUGCCAGGGGAUUGACCUUUAGCUCUCCGCACCAUAGAGAAGAGCACUUAUUGUCUGUAAAACUUCCGUCUCAUUGUACUCCUCAUGAUCACUGGCAUAGAGGGCGUAAAAUGCAAAACUAAAAUCCCAUCACUGUAGACCCCAACGCUCCGUAGAAAUAUUUUAAGUUGGCCUUUUUCUUUUUCAUGAAGUAACUUCACCUACUUUAGUAAUUUACUCAUCAAUCCAUUAACCCUCCAACUAGUAGCAAACAACUUCACCAUUGAUAAUCCAGCUCCACGCUUUCCUAACCAUCUGAAGCUUACUCGUAAAUUCAGCUGGAUAGCAACUAAUUCCCUGUCUGCUUUAAAUGGGCACAGUCAUCCUUUUAACCAGCACUUAAUGGUUUGUAAAUCUAUGGUAACUACAGCGCUGCACUGUGUGUCAUUGUAGGUAACUAGAGCUUGCUUAGCAUUGUCUCUAAUUGAAACCCUUAUACUGUAUCUGCAAUUACACAUUGGUAUCAGUGUCACUGUUAGUAAGAGAGAGUGAAACGACAGUUGAUGAUAGAUUGAGACGAUUCUGGGGAGGGAAAAUGAUAUCCGUUAGAAGUAGUGUCUAUUUAAUUGCUGUGCUUCCUUCAAUUAUUUGCAUUUGAUUUGUGUUGAACUUCAGUUAAAAUUGAUUGCUGCUGCACAUUUUAAAAUUACAUUGCAUAUAAAUUGCGACAUGAAAACAUUAAUAUUCAGUAGGCUGGAUGUGAUUAUUGUCUGCUGAUAGACGAGCCUUACUGCUUUGUUUGUGUUAGGUGAAUGUAUCAACACUACUAAACUGUUGGAUCAUGUACAUUUGCAUCCUACUGACAAAAGUGUCUGCAACACUUUCUGAUCACAUGGUUUUAGCACAAGACCUGUGGGACAUGGUAGGAAUGUUUAGUUUAGUUCAGGUUCAUAUGUUUGGAGGCCAGGGAUAGUCUAAAUCUGGUGAAUUAGAUAAAACUCUAUUAAAGGCAAAUCUGAUUUGUUAGAGCUUCUUUAGAUCUCAAUGUGAUGUGAUCUAUUACGCCCGUCGCACCGAGCACCGUGGUAGAAACCAAAUGAAGUCUCACGCUGUCCAGGGUUCCGUAACUAAUUUUCAAACCUUUACAAAAAUGUUUCCUAAAUUUACAUUUAAGGGGUCUCGCCAAGUUGUACCAAUACACUGCUCACAUAUCUAUCUAUGCUCACUGUUUUACAAUAAUACUUAAUAUUAAUAAUUUAAUUUGUACCUGUGGUUAGAAAACAAAGCAUGGUUGCCAAAAUGCACAAGUGAAGUCAGUAAAUGAGGCAAUCAAUCACUACAGACAACCUCUCAAAAUAGCCACCUUCUUCUUUAUUCUCACCUGUUUCCACUAUGCGGCCAUCAUCUCUUCCUCGACAAUCACGGCAUGUUUUUGUAGUUCAAUUAAGAAAUAAUACAGUGUCGUGUAUUAUUACAGGGUUGCAGUUACGGUGGUCAAUGGAGUGGUACGGGGCAAAGAGUUGCCAACUGUAUUUUUUUUCACGAUAGUCCACUUCAGUUUCGGUUGACUGCUUUGCUCGCUCUGCGUUGGGCCUAAAGAGAUUCAACCUGUUAAUUUUCUCUACGCUGUCUAUGCACACACAAAGAAAUACCGUAUUUUCCGCACUAUAAGGCGCACCAGAUUAUAAGACUCACCUUCAAUGAAUGGCCCGUUUUAAAACUUUGUCCAUAUAUAAGGUGCACCGGAUUAUAAGGCGCACCUUCAAUGAAUGGCCCAUUUUAAAACUUUGUCCAUAUAUAUAUAAGAUAUAUACAUUUGGCCCGCGGGCCUGACUUUAGACACGCCUGCUGUAGUGGCUCAAUAUUGGUCCGUAUAUAAGGCGCACUGAAUUAUAAGGCGCACUGUCGGCUUUUGAGAAAAUUGGAGUUUUUUAGGUGCGCCUUAUAGUGCGGAAAAUAUGGUACCCAAUAUCCAAACAUGUUGGGUUGUUGAUUAAAACAAUGCUAAACUACACUGAUUUAAAAUUCUUAUCACGUUUGUCAUAAGUUUACCUCAACCAGCCAUUUAUUCAUCGAAUUCCACUUUCUGUCUCUCAUUAGACGUCGAUUAGAGCAAUAUAGUAAUCCCGACUGCUGUCACAAUUAUAUACCCAGGCAGACACAUGUGCUGAAGAGGUAGCCUUUAGCAAGAUUACAAAAAAUGCUAAUCUAAAGUGUUGUCUUCUGGGUAGAAUGUUGUGUUCAAAUAAAUACAAGUGUGGAUUUAUUAUGCUACUUUGGCAUAACAUGUUGAUUAAUCACUUUGGAAAAAACUGAUACCAAGAAAUGAAAUACUGAUUGUGUGAGAGUGGAGGUCAAAUUUGAUUCUCUUGUGCUAUAGCCUGGAUUUGUACUGUAAAUACAAGAAAGAUUUUUUGUUUUGUUUUUUUCUUCAAACAUUUGUUUAGUUUGUCAUACUUUCCAUCUUUGAUAGUUUGUGUAGCACAUCAAAGAAUAUAAUAAUUAUUGUUUUAUUACUCCUACUAAAAUAUAUAUUU